ACAGUUUUACGACAGCAGUAGUAGAUUUACGGCACCCUCCUCUUGCGUCACGGAUAUUGCUCAGCAGAAGAGACGCUACACGAAACUUGUGGCUGCAGAUGUGUGGCCCGGGAUUAUCCGACCAAACACGGACUGAUGGAAAACACAAACCGUCAUGAAAGAUUUUGACACUGUUGAUGGGGAGCAAGAUGAAAAUUGUGAAGAAAAUGAAGAGGAGGUGCCGAUUCGGCGUAGUUUCUCGGUAGAAGACCUACUCGAUGAGGUGGAGAAGAUCUGUUACGAUGCCUCAGGGGCAUCAAAGGUGGAGAUGGUGGUGAGGCUAUGGAAGGAUGGCUUCACUGUAAAUGACCAGGAGUUUCGCAGCUACACCAUACCAGAGAAUCAGGAUUUCUUGGAUGCUAUCAAAAGGGGGGAGCUCCCUGCAGAGUGGGAGAGCAGAGCAGAGGAGGAGGAGCUGGAGAUCAGCGUGGAGGAUCUAACAGAGGAGAAUUAUGUUCCCAGGAAGAAGGCCUUUCAUCCCUUCAGCGGCAGAGGAUACCGACUUGGCAGUGUUGCACCCAGAGUUGUGGCCAGGUCACCAUCUGUGCACGAGGAUGGAGAAUCUCCUCCUAUUCCCAUGGUAACACUAGACCACGCCCUUCCUGUCACCUCCCUGCAGAUCUGGUUGGCCGACGGCAGGAGACUGGUGCAGAGGUUUAACCUAUCCCAUCGGAUCAAUGACGUCCAAGACUUCGUUGCACGCUCCCAGAGAAGCUGCCCACCUUUCGUUCUGACGACAUCGCUUCCCUUCCGAGAGCUUAACGACAAAGAAUUAAGUCUUGAGGAGGCAGAUUUGGCCAACGCCGUCAUUGUCCAAAGACCUCUGAACACACAGGCCCCAUUUGGACACUCCUGACUAAAAAGGCCCUGUAACUCAUGCAUCCACACCACUUAAACCCUCAAUGUCGCCUCACAAUGACCCCGAUUGCAGUCGAAAGCCUUUUAAAUCGUAAUAAUCCUUUGUUUCUUCUCCAGUUCGUACUGCAUUUGAUGGUUUUUAUUUCCAUUUUAAGUUUUAAUCUCUGUGUGGUAUUCUCUACGGUCUGAUUGAGUCGGUGUGACAUCUCUACAAUAGCAGCUGCUGCCACUAAGGCGCUGUUGUCAGUGCUUCCCUUGUCUCCUUUUCUGAAGAACAGUAUUUACCUGCCAACACAUCUCCCUAAAACCCCAAACUCCAGACAAGACUUGUCAAGGAAAACCAAUUCUCUUGUUCCUGCAGAUGGUAAAAUAUGUGUCCAUCUGUUAUCUACUGCAUGUUAUCCAUCCCUCAUACACACACACCAGCACCAACUAAAUAUAUAGUCUUCCCAAAAAACUAUUACCAGUGUUCUGCACUAUUUACAGUACCAUAAUAAGGGUUUUCAUCACCAUGUUUACAGUUAUUUAAGUGAAAAUUUGUUUUUUGGCAUGUUUUUAUUAUUUAAAAAAGGAAAGUCUGCUGCUUGUUAUUUAUGUUGGCCAUACCUGUAAAGGUCUGUUCAUUGUUUGCCUUUCUUUGCACAUUUUGUGAGCAUUUGCCUUAAUUCAGAAUGUAUUAUUUAAUUUGAAUGCAUCUUUUCAAGACAUAUCACAGAUCAAAGAACAAUAAAAAAAUCCUCCUGUAAA